UCAGCCUGGAGAAGAGGAGGCUCAGGGGCACCUUAUUGCUCUCUACAGCUGCCUGAGAGGAGGCUGUGGCCAGGUGGGGAUUGGCCUUGUCUCCCAGGCACCCAGUGAUGGAACAAGAGGAAAUCGUCCUAAGCUGCACCAGGGGAAGCUUAAGUUGGGCAUUAGGAAGAAGUUCUUCACAGGAAAGGUGAUUAGACAUUGGAAUGGGCUCCCCAGGGAGGUGGAGCCACUGUCCCUGAAGUGUAGCAGGUAGUGCCAUGGUCUAGUUGCCAUGGUGGCGUCUGGCUAAAGGUGGAUUUGAUGAUCUGAGAGGUCUUUCAACCUAAUUGAUUCUGUGAUGUGUUUUCCAACAGAAAAUGAAAUACAAUGUUACUUCAGUUCAAACUUAUUCAUUAGGCAAAGCAAACAAAUCAUGCAAGAUCUGUAGAAUACAGGAGGGAGAUGUCAACUCUGUUUUGUAAAAAAGAAAAAUAACAAACUUAGUCUCUUGAAGUUAAAAUGUACAGGUAGUUAGCAACCAGAAAGGGAAAGAGUUCUGAUUAUCUUAGCCCUUGGCAUUACAAGCAAGAUUGAAUUGAAAAAAUGAAAAUAAGUUUUUUUGGGUUUUCCUUUUCAUAGCUGAUUUGACAUGGCUGGAUCAGUAGGUCAUCUGCUCCCAUUCCUGCACUGCAUUUCUAAAUCCACCUGAAAAUUGACAAAAGGUUCAAGAACUACUGUUGGGAACAAGUCUGCCUUGAGAUGUGUACACUGUGCUGUUGCAUAAAUGUUUUGCUUUUGUUAUAAACUGUAUCUGAGGUUUCCAAACAAGUCUUUCUUCAAAUCCAUUUAUUUGCCUUCUACAGAUUCAAGAGUACUUUAGCAUCUCCUCGGGGUGCUUCCUUCUUUCUUCAAUUGGCUCCAACAAGCAUCAUGAGGUUUCUAAGCAGUUUUACCACACCUUUUGAUGCCUCCAAAGAAGAAGUGUACCCACAAGGCCAGGAAGGCAGAGCUGGUUUUCCUUGAGCAGCCAAGGGCAGGGCCCAUCCAUUGCUAUGAAGCUCCACUGCAUUUGGCUGAGAAUCCCAGACGUGUGCCUACAAAACGUGUGGACCUGAACACCUCUGCUGCCUGGGUGUGCCCACAAUUUGACACAACUAAGCCACUGGUGUUGAAAGCACGCCAGAAGAAGCAUCGUGGUCCUCAGAAGUCCUAUAAUCAGGAUGCCAACCACAGCUCAUUUCAUGCACGAGGAGCUGCAGCCUGCAGAUUUCCUCCUUUAACUUUUGAGAAUCCAAAAGGACAUGCGGUUCCUCCGUUGGAUGAUCCAAAUUGCUUGAGGAAGAAUGCACAGUGCUCUCCCAACCAGCCUAAGAAAGGGACAGCAGCAAAUGCCAACAUCCAGGUGAAGAGUCUAGAGAACUGUGGAGGGCCUGCUCCCCAGCCCGUGGAGCAAGAAGUCCCUAGUCCAUCAGAUGCAGAGGCUGCACAGGUUCCUUCCCCAAGGAAUGGGAGAUGCAGCAACACUCUAUCACCAAGUAGUCAUGCCUGGCACCCAGAAGAAGCGUUGCCACUUGGUACUGAGCCCUGUGGGAGAGGGGAGGCGGCAGCAGUACUGGUUGCAGAUACUCCCGAGCACGAGUAUGGAAUGAAGGUCACCUGGAGGCGGCGGCCGCACAUAAUGAAGUACCUGCGGGAGCAAGGGAAGCUGAGCGCUGCGGACAUCCUGGUCAAGGCAAACAUGGAGCUCCCGAGGGGACAGCCCCACACCUGACCUGGCGGGAGCAGCGACUCGCUGCGUGCACGGACACGCCCGGACAGAUGAUGGCCCUCAGGGGACUAAGAGGGGACCUGAUUUCAGCCCGGCCCGGUACUGCGCCUGGCAGCGCCUCCGACAAACGCCGGGGCGGGCGCGGGGAGGGUCUUGGC